CCUGCCUCUCUCCCUCUUCUCUCAUUCUGACGCUCCCUUGCUUUGCUGCCUCUCUCUCUCUCUCUCUUUGACACACACACACACACACACAGACACACACACACCAUCACACGUCUCUCUCGCCCUCAUUCCUUCACACCGCUGCAGACAUGGUCGAGGCUUUCGUUGGCACAUGGCUCCUCAAGGAGAGCGAAAAAUUUGAUGAGUACAUGAAAGAGCUGGGCGUGGGCUUCGCUACACGGAAAGUGGCCAACUUCACCAAGCCCACCACCAUCAUCUCCGUGGACGGCGAUCUGGUGACGUUGAAGACCCAGAGCACCAUUAAGAACACAGAGAUUUCUUUCAAGCUGGGAGAGGAGUUUGAUGAGACCACCGCAGACGACAGGAAGGUUAAGUCUACUGUCACAGUAGAGGAUGGGAAGAUGGUACACAUACAGCGGUGGGACGGCAAAGAGACCAGUCUGGUCAGGGAAGUCAAUGGAAACGCCCUAUUGCUGACACUCAAACUUGGAGAAGUUGUUUGCACACGUCACUAUGAGAAGGCGCAGUAAAAUACAGCAUUUCAACAGCUACCUGCAUCAACUAAAGUCCUGCAUCCCAGACUCCGUAACACUUCUUCAACACAGGCCAAACAAACCCGCUCAUAUGGCUGCUAUUGAUUGCCCCCUCCCAUUGUCCCUUUUAGUAUUAACAUUACUGGUGUCUGUGACCUCUCCCUUUCUUUCUGCCCUUCUCUUUAUACAUUGUUCAUUAUACUGUAAGAAACACUGAAUAAAUUCCAUGGAUUUGUUGAUUUUUGUUUCUCUGUAAAACUCCAGGUCUGCAUUUUUUUUUUUAAGAAAAUGUGUUCAGCAUGUGGACUGGAGAAGUGUUUGAAACAAUUUGCCUGUGGAGUUUUAACAAGUUCCAAAUAAAUGUGUCCACACUGAUG